CGAACCUGGGUCUCCUGCAUUGUAGGCAGAUUCUUUACCGUCUGAACCACCAGGGAAAUGUGAAAACAUUAGGAGGAGAAGGAUCAAAUUGAGAAUUCAGAAUUUUCCAUAGAUACAGGGGUCUUUCAGCUGUAUUCCCUUUGAAUAAAACAGGCCAACUGAGAACACUUUUCUGAAGACAGAGUAGACCUCUCAAGGUCGUGUGAACCAAUCCUCAUGAAUUUCUACCCAGAAACUCCAACAAACGUUUGACCAGAAAAUGGCAGGCUUAAGGUCUGUGGUUCUGCUAAUUCAGUGAGUAAUAUUCACAAAAAGUAAUUAAAGCCCAUAAAACCUACAGUAUACACUGAACUGAUACUCUGACUAAACCAUUUAGAGGAGGGGGGGAUUUGUUCCACACAUUUUCUGAAAUAUCUGGAUUUUGUUUCUUUUAACAGAGGCACCUAAGACUAUACAAUAUCACCGAUGAGAUGAUCUUAAGCUUUGGAAUAAUGUUGACUUUGUUCAAGUAGCAACAAGUGAAAGCAUUUGGAAUAACAUUACAUAUAAUAUCACAUAUAAAUAUAACUACAUUCUGAUAUUCUUAUUGUCCAGAUUCUCAUGUCCCAGCAUCAAAUCAAAUGGCCUCUUCCUCAGCACUCUAGUCUAUGUCCUUAGUUCCAAAUGUUAUUUCUCCUGCAGUUCCAACUAUCCAGCUUAAUGGUGAAUUUCCAAAAGACUCCUAGAUCCGUCCACCAGUACGUGGUGGCUCCUCAAAUAUGCACAAGGUCCUUUUCAGCAUCUUUCCUUCUAAAACCCAUUCUUCCUCCUGACUCACCCUUUCUGUUAUCAGCAGAGUCAUUCUGAGUCAUCCUUGCUCAAAACCUCAGCCAUCUCUAAUAAUCUGUUUUCUUACUACUAUCUUUGAGAGCCCCUCAAAAAACAAAAUGAACAAAGCAAUCCACCAAAAAGCAGUGUAGGUCUAAUUGCUUAUCUGUACAGUAUCUAUACAUUUACCUUUUACAUCAUGCUUGGAUGAUGGAAUUUGAGCAUCAACACCGGACCCCCACAGACAUCCUCACUCACUUCCAGUUUAGCCCCCCAUUACCUCCCAUGUGGACCCUUAUGGGUCCUUUCUAAUUCUUUGAGCUGCCUCUAAUCUCUUACAUUCCUGUAAUUCUUCCCACAUAUUGCUUCCUGACAGAAACUUUCAUCAUUUCCCAAGAUGUCUUAAGUUGGCCCUCUACAAUAUGGCCCUAACCUACCUUUUCAACUUGGGCUUGGAAGACUAGUCCACCUAUAGUACUUCUGUGCCUUGCCCUGAGAAUUUCUGUGUCAGACUCUAUUUAAGUGUCCAGGUCUAUCUCAAAUGUUAUCUCACCACAAAAUCUCUCCACCUCUUUCCCAUAAGUUCCAAGCAGCCUUCCUUUGAACCUUCACUGUAGCACUAACUCAUUCUGCUUUGCCUUAGAGUUGGCUCUGUAUAUGCCAGCUUCCAGGGGUCAGGGGCCAGUUCCCUCUUCUUGCUUGGCAACCUAGCAUAGAGCUUUCCUAUGGCAGUCCUUCCCAGAUUGACUCUUAGAGUGGAAGAAUGAACACACGGAUGAACUGAUACUAGGUUACUGGGUCCUGGGGGCUUGUACUGUACCUGACUGAUGCCCAUGUUCCCUACCACAAAUUGUUCAUGGAGUAUACUUGUAUCAGGAUGCAUACAGGAGCAAAUAACAGAAUAUCUGACUAGCAUCAGAUUCUAAACAUACAGACCAUCUCAUGAGAAGUCUAGAGGCAGCUGCUUAAUGGUCAACAGUGUCAUCAAGGACCUGGGCUUGCUUUCCUGUUUCUCUGCCAAUCCUCAAUGGGUUGUGUAUACAAUUCCUGCCACUCUGACCCUGCUUGUUGGACUUAACCCUCUUGUCACAGGUAACUUUAUUUGGAAGAGUGUGUCUGCAAUACAUAUUAUCCUUUGUGGCCUGUGGGCUAUCAGCUUGGCAUACAACCUCUUGCUUCAUAAGAAACAGAACCUCUUGCACGAGGAGGAAGGCAGGGAGCUGUUUGGUCUCGUGAUCAUCGCAGCAUGGCUGGGUCUGUGCCACAGCUCUUCAAAGGCUCCAGGUGGUGGAAGAAUUCAGCUGGCCAUUGCUACCACAGUCGCUCUUCUCCCGUUUAUCUCCUGGGUCUACAUAUAUAUAAACAAGGAGAUGCGCUCCUCCUGGCCAGCUCACUGCAAGACGGUGAUUUAAAUGAAGAAUCCUGUUCCUAAAAUGAGAGUUCUUGAUUUUUUAUAAACAUGGUUGUAACAAGCUGACUUCCUAGGAAUUUAUUUCAGUUGAGUUACUACUAGAGAUGAAUUAUUUUUUAAAUCCUAAGAACUUUGUAUGCCUGCUUACAACACAGGACUGGAUGGGACUAGUAAGAGAAGGGUCUGACAUUGUUUUAUCAUAGUGUAGUAGGAAAGUUAAGAAAGAUGAAUCCCAACUCUGCUUCAUCACUAUCCAUGUGACUUGGAGAAAUAUAUAAAUCUACUUUUUUUGGAAUUAAAGAAUUCCAACUGAAAUUAUCUUUUGGAUAAUUCUUUAUCUAUAAAUACCAGCCCGCCUACUUAUUUAUAUAAUUGUGAAGAUUAAAGUAGAUAACAUGAGAGCAUUCCAAACAUAAAGUCCUCCGCACAGGAUAACAGAGGGAAGCAGGGUUUGGAUAAUGAUAGAUAGGAGUUUAAGAGGGCUGUGCCCUUGAACUAACAUCGUUAGACUGGACUGGUACCAUGAAUUAAAUGAGGUGCCGUGAAUUAAAUGAGGACUUCGGGUGAACAAAGUGAACAACUAUGUCUUGGAAAGAAAGGAAAGUUAGUUAGAAUAAAGGAAUUUGGGACCAAAAAGCAGCAGAGAGGGAAUAUUAAUUACCAUGUAAUUGAAAAGUAAGACCAAAAUCUAUACACAUAUCCUUAACGAAUGCCAAAAGUAGCUCUGGAGAGAUCAUUUCAGAGCUGCACCAUCUGGCGACCACAAGCCACAUGCUGUAUUGAGCACUUGAAAUGUACUUACUGAAGAAGUUUUAAUUUUUUAAUUUACAAACAUCAAUUAUGAGGACACUGAUUACAUGUAUUUGGAACACUUGCUUUAAGCUUGUUUGGAACAACUGAAAUAUGUGAAUCUACUUCUUCGACUGUAAAUUUUGUACCUAAAUACAGACCAGGUUUUUCCAAUGAAAAGUUAUUGUCCAAAUGGAUGGAUUAUAGGCAUAAAACACACACUACAUUUUAAACUUAGUAUAAAAAGAAUGUAAAAUAUUUUUAUAUUGAUUACAUGUUGAAAUAACAUUAGAUGUAUUGGAAUAAACAAAAUUAUAUUAUGAAAAUUAA